GCCUAAUUUGUCAUUUCCCCAACUCGCUCUCGCUAAUGGAUCGGUUCCGGCCGCUCAGGCGGAUACAGGUGGAGCCCGAGCGCGCGGAUCCUCCCCCACCGGCGCCGCCGGCGGCGGGCGGCGGCGAGGCGGAGGAGAUGGUGCCGGGGCCCGCGGCCGGGCUGCUUAUGGGGGCCAAGGUGCGGCGCCGCGCGGCGGUGUACCGCGACUGCAAGGGCGACUACAUCGGCGUCCCCAAUGACCCAUGCCUCGCCAAGAUCCUCUCCAAGCAAGGGGAUAACAAAGUUCUGUUUGCGGACAAGGUCUUGAAGUUCACACAAUCAGGAAAGAUGAAAAGGCGCAUCCUUGUGAUCACGGACUUUGCUCUCUACCUUGUUGAUCCUGACGCUGAUAUAUUGAAGAGAAGGAUUGCACUUGCAGCUGUUGAUAGGCUAUGUAUAAGCAACCUCAGUGAUAAUUUCUUUGCAAUCAUUGUGCCAACCGAGUACGAUUGUUUAAUGGUGAGCACUAGAAAGAAGGAAAUUGUUGAUAUUAUAGUUAGGGCUAUCAAGAGCACAUCUGAGUAUGAACCUGAGGUGGCUUCCUCUAACAGGUUUGAGUACCAUGCUGCUGCUGAAGUGAUUAAAGAAGUUGAAUUUGAGGAAGCUGAUGGCGGCAUUAAAACAAGGAUUACGCACAAGGAGAAGUGAUGAUUCUGAACAUGUUUUUAGUUCCCUGUAAAAUGUACAGCUCGGUUCGUGCCGGAAAGUUCAAAGACACAUGAUUGUUUUGUUGUAUUUUGUCUUCUUUUUUCUUGCUGUUGUACCUGGAAGAAGUGGCCUGUCAUUUUGACGACCCACUAUGGAAUCUCUAGAAUCUUGUUAUCAUGACACUUUGUACUACUGUGGAUUUUUAGUUUUGUUAUCAUGCCAUAUAUUGGAGAAUAGAUCAAGUGUA